AUGAAAGACGGCAAAUGUGAGUACAUAUUAUAAGAAAGUCAAUGUUGUUAUUGUUAAUAUUGUUGUAUUGUUUUGUCCAAUAUUCCCAGUGCGUUAAGACCCAAACUUGUCGUGUUUUAUUUCUUAAGUUUUAUAUUUUGUUUGCAGUGUACGUGAAAAGGUUUUAAAACAGGCUGAAAAACCAGACAUCAAAAUCUGAAGCAAAUAUGUUACAGAGCCGAGCUGCAUCGAAGACCUUCGAAGAUAUUGUCGUUUGCAUAUUAUAAAUGUAUGUAAUUACAUUAGUAGACAAACUUGUCUGUAUAAAACAAUGAUAUUAAUUUGUGGGCGAAAUAAAUAAUGGCAGUGAUAUUGCGGCAGUGUAUUUAUAAACUAUUAACGCGUUCUCUAUUUAUUUUCUUUGAAAGAUUUGUUUGGCACACAAUGUAAAGUAUGUUGUGCACCUUAUGAAACUGAUGCAAAAAUUGCUCACGUGCUUUUAAAUGGCCAUGCAGAUUUUGGGAUCACAGAGGAUUCGGACCUGUUGGUUUAUGGAUGUAAGAAGGUUUGUAAGAAGGAACCUGGGGAAAUAUACUCUUUAACUCAAUCAAGUAAAAAUUACAUAAUUAUUAAGGAACAACUAACAAGAUUGCCUACCAAAUACAGAUAUUGUAUUAAGAUUGAGGUUGACAGAAACUUGGUUUAUUGGAUGAUUGCGAACAGCAUUGGACUGAGAGGCACAUUCUCUACACAGGUAGUAAUUUAAAUUCCUGACACCCCACUUCGGGCAUACCCAGGGCAAUCACGUCCUAUCAGUGGCGUAGACAAGGAGGGGCAAGGGGGGGGGGGCUGAAGGACUGCCCUUGUAAAAAGAUGAAAUCCGGGUAUAAGUUAGGGAGGGGGGACGAUGACUACCCAUGUGACUACCAAUCUCAUCUGUUCACCAAAUUGUCUAUAAAAGUUCUAAUCUUUCCUAAAUCUAACUACAGAAAAUAAUGCCUAUGGUGGUUAUUGAUUGAGUCAAAUUAAGGAUCCACAAUAUUGAGAAAUCAUUAAAAAUCAGGUCUUUCCUGCAGUAAAUAAUCUUCAGAAUUAUGGAAAAUCUCACCCCAGCAACACGGGAAAUCGCCAUUGAGGGACUCCAGAUUUCAAAAUUUUCCCGGGGGAUAAUGCCUCCGGACCCCCCUAAAAAGGCUUACGCCUUCGGCGUUCGAUAUAUGCCCCCCGGAAAUUAUAGUCUGUCUACGCCACUGCCUCCUAUUCUAUUCACUAGUUUUUCCCCUUUGUGCCUAGGGGGGUGGGGGGAGGGGGUACAGGAUUUUUUGAAUGACUGAUGCAUAAGUUUGCAAGAAGUUAGAAAACUAAUUUAUUUACUUAUCUGACAAUUAGGUGAUGGUUAAACUCAAACUAAGUGGAGAUGGUGAAUAUUUCCAACUUAAAGAGAUAUUGGAUGAUUUUAAUCUAAACCACGAACAGUUUCGGCAAAUGUGUAUAGCCGCUGGUUGCAACUACCUUACAAAUGUGAAAGGUGUUGGCAUACACACAGAAUUUUGUUUUGUAAAACAUUCGACUGAGGAUUUGUAG